UUAAAGUUCAUGAUGUUGGCCAAUUCGUAUGUUUUAAUCACAGUUCUGGCAUGUGUAUUUUUGUUUGCACGAAUUGCUAAAAGUGAUGAAGAGAGUUGUCCAUUAACAGCGUGUCCACAAAUUGAGUACCCGCCAUCAUGUAGAGUGACUUAUUUUGCUGUACAAAAUGGUCAGGUCUGUCAGUUGUGUGAUGACUGCAUUAAGAAAACCAAUGUUAAAGACGAGACAGGCUGUCCAAUCAGGGCGUGUAACAGAAUGCAUAUCCCUGCUGACUGUAGAAGAAGGAGGUACUACGUGUUUAACGGGAGGAUCUGUGAGGACUGUCCACAGAAUACAUGUAGAUAUUAAUUAUUUGUAAUUAUGUAUUCAAAAUAAACAGUUAGAAUACG